AUGGCUCUCUCUCCGCGCGAGCGCAUUGUGCACGCCACAUUCCAACUUGGCGCUUGUUGUCUGGGCGUCGGCCUCGUAGGGCUCGGGGCUGGCUGCUUGGCGGACCCUGUGUCAUCCUCCAAGAUGUACGGCAUGCCCUUGGAGGCAUCCAGCCCUGCGUUGAGCUGGGUGAAGGUGGCCGGCGUGCGUGACCUUUGUCUCGGUGUGGGCACUCUGGCCCUCUUCUUCUUUCAGCCCAGCGCUCUCCGCGUCUUCGCCCCGGCGACACUUGUCGUCGCAGCCUCUGAUGCAGCAUUGACCAUUGGCGGUCCCUUCCCAGCCCCCUUCAACCAUCUCAUUGGUGUAGUGGGCAUUGGCAUCCUCUCCAUGGCCGCAUGGUUCGACCCCAUGCUCACGACAGAGGGUGAGGGCUACAAGCGGAUCUCCGGCUAA